UCCAGUAAACACCAAAUACCCCGUCGCCUCUCCCCGGCCCAUCCAAUUGCUCCGGUCUUCUCUUCCUGCCCUCGCCGCCGCGGCGGCUGUUCCGACGCGGGCGACAUUCCUCCAAUCGUCCCCGACGAAGACGCCCCAUGCCAUCUUCCACCGCACCCCACCACGCUGGAGGCGCUCUCCUCUCGUAGAUACCGCGCUGCUCUACUGGAUUGCCGCCGGAGUUGGAGAUCCAUUCGGACCCUGGAUUGGAUUGAUAUCUUUCUUCGAUCCCUUUUCCCAGUUUUGUGAAGAAAAUGGCAAGAACUCCAGGAGACCGUAACAGAUCGAGCCGGCGACUUAGGUCAUCUCCUACUCUACCUUCCUACUACAAGAGAGCAAAAAAGGCAGCCAAGCAGAAGGAUUUGCAGUUAACCUCAGAGGAAAAUGAUUGGAAGCAUGCCACUUGCCCAAUAUGCUUGGAGCGUCCACAUGAUGCUGUCCUCCUCCUGUGUUCUUCCCACAACAAAGGGUGUCGACCAUACAUGUGUGGUACCAACUAUCACCAGUCUAAUUGUCUUGAACAGUUUAAAAAUGCUUAUGUGAAGGAAAAACCAGCACAUGAAGUACCAAUUGCAGUGGCAGCUGCUAGCAAGAGGCCAAAGGAUAUGGAGCUUGCAUGCCCUAUCUGCCGUGGGGAAGUGAAAGGGUGGACGCUGGUUGAGACAGCCCGACAAUUUCUCAACCGCAAGAAGAGAACUUGCAUCCAUGAGGAUUGCUUGUUCAUUGGAUCAUAUAAGAAGCUCUGCAAGCAUGUGGAGGCCAAGCAUCCUUCAUCCAAACCCCGUGAAGUUGACCCAGCACGUUUAGCUGAGUGGAAGGCGCUUGAAAGUCAAAAGGAGAGGCAGGAUGCAAUCAGCAUAGUCACAGGCUUGAAUCCAGGGUUUAUUAUUAGGGGAGACUACCUUAUUGAUCCCAAUAGUGGCAGCAGUGACUUUGAUAUGGAUAGCUCUGAUUGGAGUGAUAGUUCUGACUCUUGCAUAUUUUCUGAUGAUGAUGAUGACGAUGACGAUGAUGAUGAUAUUAUACUUUCUGAAGGUGCUGGUCUUAGAGCAUUACGAAGAGCAAUUCGCAGAGCUUAUAGUAGGAGAAAUGCAGCAAGAGCAAGGAGAAAUGUCCGAAUUGUAGGAGCUGGUAAUUCUGGCAUUGCGCGUCGUGGUUUGACCAUCUCUAGAAGCAGUGGAAGGCGUCGUGGUGUAAGAAACCAUAGAAAGGUGCGGGUUGGGUCUGCUCAUAGACGUGCAAGAUCUACAAAUGACAGCUGAGAUAUGGGAGCAUUCUGCGGUUUGCGCACACUUAUCCAUCUGCUCAUCUGCCAGGAGGGCAGAUAGCAGUGGCAUUGUUAUGGGAGCUGUUCUGGUGGCACCAAUAUUGAUGGGGUUGCUUUAGUUUGUUUCUUUUCUGGUCUGGUCAUAGAGGGCAAGGAUUAAUGGAGUUUUUUGUGCUUUGUUAGGCCAUCUUCCUUUUUCUUUUUUCCUGAUGAAUGCACUGCUAGAUUUGUGAAGGAAGGAUGUUUCUUUUGUCGAAGUAAAUUAGAAGCAGGGUAUGUUUAUAGACAAAAACAUGGUUUAGCUGUUGGUGUCAUUGUGCUAGAAAACACAAUCCAACUCCUGGUCACUUCUGUUAAAAGUUUAAGUCCGACUGUUAUAUUAUACAUAUGUUUCCGGUUGUCCAGUA